CCUGAAGCAGAGAAUAGACUUGUGUCUUAUUAUUCUCCGGACUCUGCAUGGGUCUAUGACUUGGUUUCCUGAUUUAGUCGCCGACAAACCUCAUACGGAAUGGACGCUGUGAAGCCGUUUUAUCUUCUCCUCAUCUGUCAAGGCUUCUAUCUGGGUUCUGUAGGUCAGCGGUGGACGUUCCCUUCUACAAUCACUGCUCUGAUUGGCUCCUGUGUGGAGAUUCCUUGUACAUAUCAUCCUAAAGGGACCUCAGGACCGUCCAGCCCUGUAUGGUACUUAUAUGAUAAAAGCGGUCAUUCAGAGAUCCUAAAUACCAAGGCUUCAUAUGCAGUACUGGAGAAUUACGAGGACCGAACCUCACUGGUCCCAGGACAGGACUGUACCCUGAGGAUAGACCCUGUGACGAGAGAAGAUGGGAACAAAUAUUAUUAUCCAGGGAUCGCAGAAAACAGAUACAUAAAUGCAGACAGAAUAUAUGCUCGAACUGUUUAUCUUUAUGUCACAGAUAAAGUGGACAUUCUGAUUCUGGGGUCUAAAGUUAUGACUGAAGGAGAAGCCACCAUUAUUCAAUGUAUUGUUGUUCACACGUGUGGCUCCAGUCCUCCUUCUCUACAAUGGAACAAACCUGGUCAAGUGAAAAAUAUUUCAGAAGAGUAUUUUGAUGGAUCAUGGCGAAAAGAAUCACAACUCACCUAUAUCCCUUCAUAUGUGGAUGAUGAAAGUCCAGUGGAGUGCACGGCUACAUAUCCUAAUGGACAAGAAACGAAACAAUCAGCAGCACUGUACAUCAACCAUGCCGCAGCUGGAGUUCACAUCACAGUUAAGAAUAAAGGUGGAUUUAAGACAUUGACAUGUGAUUUCCUUAGCAGCCGACCUAAUGUAUCUCACUACACCUGGAUGCAGGAUGGAUCUAUAUUACACAAUAAGACGGGGAAGACUCUGACCCUACACAAUAACGAUACCUACGGGCGGUAUUCAUGUAUCGUUCACAACAGGGCUGGGGAUUCCUCCUCAGAGGAGAUUUACCAUAAGGGUGAAGAACCAAAAGAUCAAAGGAAUUACACGAACAUUAUCCUUCCAGCAUCGAUUGGAACCAUCUGCCUACUACUCCUUGCAUUGCUCGUAUAUGCUUGUUGGAGAAAAAGACAGAAGAAGCAGCACAAAGCAAAAAAGAGCAGCACCGAGACUGAAGAAAUAUAUACUGACCUGAGGAGAUCAGAAAUUCGGGAUAUAUACCAUGAGUUGAAGCCUGUGACCUCUGCAGACACCACUGUUGUAAGAUCACCUAUCGGGGCAACUCAGGAGUAUGAAAAUAUUCGUAGACCUAAUUUUUAAUAAAACCAUCUGUGAU